UUCACCGGGCCCGUGAUGGCGACGGCGACGAGGAGAUCAGUAACGGCCCUUAGCCUGAGCCAGAGCGCCCUCGCGCCAAGCUUGAUGCCUGGCCGCCGCCGAAUCCUCCGCGCUCUGUGCUCCGGCGCGUGGCAGGAGGGGGAGUCCGAGGCGGCGCUGCGCGACGUCGUGUGCUUCGGCUCCGGGAGCCUGGACGAGGUGGGGAGCAGGCUGGAUCGCCUGAGCCUGGCCAUAUCGCCCGCCCUGGUGAGGAGGGUGGUCGACUCGUGUAGCGAGAGUAGUGAUUCGGGCAGGAGGCUGCUGCGGUUCCUGUCAUGGUGCCGCUCCAAGAUCCCCGCCGGAUUGGGGGAUGAGGAGCACGACAGGGCGAUUGCGGUGCUUGCACGGAUGGGUGACCUCACGGCAAUGAAAAUUGCUGUCGGAGACGGGGAGAAGGAUGGGAGGAGGAUGGCCCCGGAGACGUUCACCACUGUGGUCGAGGCUCUUGUCAAGGCAGGGAAGGAGGAUGAGGCUGUUAGGUUGUUCAGAGGCUUGGAGAGGCAGAAAUUGCUGCCCCAGAAAGUAUCGGGUGCUGGAGGGGAAGGCAUAUGGUGCAGCAGCCUUGCCAUGGUCCAGACAUUGUGCAUGAAGGGCUAUGCCCGCGAGGCACAGGGUGUUGUGUGGCACCACAAGAGCGAGCUCUCAGCUGAGCCCAUGGUCAGCAUCGUUCAGCGUAGCCUCCUGCACGGAUGGUGCGUCCAUGGAAAUGCAAAGGAAGCUCGGAGAGUCCUUGAUGAUAUCAAGUCCUCAGGCUGCCCAUUGGGGUUGCCGUCGUUCAACGAUUUUCUAAACUGCGUGUGCCAUAGAAACCUCAAGUUUAAUCCUUCUGCGCUUGUUUCUGAGGCCAUGGAUAUCUUAGCUGAGAUGAGGUCCUAUGGUGUCACCCCUGAUUCGUCCAGCUUCAACAUCUUACUGUCUUGUUUGGGACGAGCAAGAAGAGUGAAAGAAGCAUACAGAAUCCUCUAUUUGAUGAGGGAAGGAGAAGAAGGGUGCUCACCUGACUGGGUUAGCUACUAUCUUGUAGUUAAGGUCCUCUAUUUGACUGAUAGAAUUAUCAGAGGGAAAAGGCUUGUAGAAGAUAUGCUUGAAAGUGGGGUGCUUCCGACAGCAAAGUUUUUCCAUGGCCUCAUUGGCAUCCUUUGUGGAACAGAGAAAGUCGAUCAUGCUCUUGACAUGUUCAAAAUUAUGAAGAGUUGUGAGUUAGUGGACACUCAUACAUAUGAUCUGCUUAUAGAGAAGCUUUCUAGGAAUGGUAGAUUCGAGGUUGCAAAGGAGUUAUGGGAUGAUGCUACUAAGAAUGACAUUCUGUUAGACUGCUCAGAGGAUCUGUUGGAUCCCCUGAAGACAGAAGUAUUCAGACCAGUUCGUCCUGCACAAAGACAGACCUCUCGGAACUCAACUGUCCUCCGCAUGUCGAAGUUCUCUACCAUAACGUAUACAGUUAUGAUUAGUUUUUUUUUGUUUGCUGACUUUUCCCCCUUAUCUUUAUUGUCAUUGUUACAGUUCUGUUUUAAGCGCACAUUGAACUUUAUGGACAUAUCUCAGGAGCAACAACAAGAUUUUGGUGUGCUACUAAAGCAGGGGGCUGAAGGAAGGGUAUUUGUUUCCACAUUUGUUGGACGAAAAUGCGUAAUCAAAGAGCGCUUUUCAAAGAAGUACCGACACCCAUUGCUGGACUCAAAGCUGACUCUAAAGCGCUUAAAUGCUGAAGCUAGAUGCAUGACAAAAGCAAGACGGCUUGGUGUACCUACACCAGUUCUGUAUGCUGUGGACCCUCUUCCACAUACAUUAACCUUUGAGUAUGUGGAUGGCUUGUGCGUCAAAGAUAUUCUUAUUGGAUUUGGGUCAAAUGGGAUAAAUGAAGAACGUCUUAAUGACAUUGCCACACAGAUAGGGAAUGCAGUUGGCAAACUACACGACGGAGGUCUUGUUCAUGGUGAUUUGACAACUUCAAAUAUGAUGAUCAAGAGCAGCACCAAUCAACUGGUGCUUAUUGAUUUUGGUCUGAGCUUUACAUCAACUAUUCCCGAGGACAAGGCAGUGGACCUAUAUGUUCUUGAGAGAGCCUUGAUUUCAAUGCAUUCUUCAUGUGGUGAUGUGAUGGAGAAGAUCCUCGCAGCGUACCGAAAAGCUUCAAGGCAGUGGUGCGCCACUACGAACAAGCUAGCUCAAGUCAGGCAACGGGGCAGAAAGCGAACAAUGGUCGGGUAAAACUUGACCCGGAGUUACUGAAUGCUACAAAUUUGAACCUGCAACACCAUCCAUUGUGUUAGUUUGCACUCAUAGCGACUCAGCGGAAUUGGCUCUUGUAGAAUUGAAAUGGACGUCAAGUGAAUCAUUUGUAAAAGUACUUGUUGUACUUCCGUUAGGAAUCAUAUACUGUAUCUCCUAACUCUUUAACUCUACUUUGUUGGAUGGUCGUUUUGUAUUGAGAGAGGCAUGCGGUGAAAUGUGAAUCGAAGCAAUUUAUUAAAAUUAUUA